AUGCCUCCUUCGCGCCAUAUCGCUUCGUCCUCGAGGCAACGCUCAGAGGAGUCAUGGAUCGAUCUCGCAUCCGCGCCUUCCUCAACCUCCCUAUCAUCUGCGACCGAUGAGAUCAUCACGACAGGACUCACGGUACAGCACGACUCGAAUGCGCACAGGCGGCACAACAGACGCCCGCGAGGUGGCGGUCAGUUCUCAAUAGGAACUGGGCACAGAGUCACAGCAGGGGGUAAUAGCAGUCAGGAGGAGUAUGAAGAGAGUGAAAGUGAGUCGGACAGGGUCAUGACAUCCUCGAACGAGGCCAUCGGCCCAUCCCCUUUGAGACAUCCACAGUCUGUCGCGUCUUCGGAGACUAUGUCAGAGAGGGAGGAUGAUGACGACGAUGAGAACGCAACGGCCGUCAACUAUCCACGCUCUUCAAGGCGAGAGUUUCAGCCACGACCAAACGCAUUCUCGCACCCGAACAACCAGCAAGCUAUCCGAUCGCAGUCUGGCACGUUAUACACACCUCGCAGGAACGUGAGGCCAGCAGGACAACGACAGCACUCAUAUCCUCAGCAUCAUCCUUACAAUGCCGCUGCACCCAACUACCAGCCCGAUCACGAUGAAGCCCUGCGCGCCAGCCUGUCCACGUUGCUCUCUGCCGCUGCUGCCGUGCGAGGCCUCCCGAAGCCAGGUCAACCUCGCGCGAACCCUCCCUCAUCCACUCGGGUCGAUCCAUCCUCCCUCCGCAUGGUCCCAGAGUCUGUAGCAUUAGGUAACAUAUCCGAGGAGACCGCAUCACCUCCGUGCAGCACUAGCAGCAGCCCUUCAGACAAGUCCAAGCGCAAAGCGAGUCCGCCUGUAGCUGGUGUGCGUAGCAGCAGCAAAGACCGCCGUGUUGCCAAAAAGGCACGCAAGACAAGCCCGAUGAUGAUUGAGGAGAUCAGCCCGACGCUGCUUACCUGGGUUGUUAGCGCUGGCGUCGUAGUCCUUGUCAGUGCCAUCGGCUUCUCGGCUGGCUACGUCGUUGGAAAGGAAGCUGGCCAUACUGAGGCCAUGGGACAGAUUGGUGCUGCAGGUUCCGAGGCUGGACGCUGCGGUAAAGAAGCAGCCGCAGGCAUGAAGGGUACCGGCCUAGGUCUGCGGAAGCUACGAUGGGGUUCUGGUGCGGGAAUCCGCGUUUGA